AUUAAGCGGCUUGUUAUACUUGUUUUUCUUCUAAAUAUUUUAAUGUAAGUGUUAAAGACGAAUUAAAAUGGAUAUUAAGUAGAUUAGAUUUGUCUAUCAGCCUGUGAGAAAAGGCUUCCUGGCAGGCACUAAGCGGGGGAAAUAUCCCAAACACCAGGAAGCGGACGUUGUUGACGUUUUUCAUCGCUACGGCUUGUGGUUUUGAAGGCAGCUAGCUUAGCUAAACAACAAAAACACGGCGACAUUGUGCACUUUUAGCCCAAACGGACAGGUAAAAAGCCCAGUCAGGCCCGCUCUUCAACGAUGGAGACGAUUUUCCUCGAUUUGUCUUGUAUUCCCGCUUCGCCUGGUGUCACCGGGCCGGCUAGUUAGCACAGCUAGCUAACAGGCUAAUUAAACCCUGACAAGUGCUCGGCUGACGAAGGAGAGCUGUCAAGAGGAGGAAAUAAUUAACUCACAUGUUUUAAAAAAGGGUUUGCAGUCAACGCACUGGAGUGAUAACAGGAGCUGGUGUGAAAAGGGAGCUUUCAGGAGCUGCUGGUUUGCUUUAAUUUGCUGUUUGGAGAAAGUGAACGAUUUGAGAAGAGGGAUUUUAAACACUAAUGCUACAAGAACUCUUAACUUGCUUGAUUUUUGGUGAACAAGGUGUCUUCAAGAUGGCAGUGAGGGUUCAUAACUAAAAAGAGUAGAAGUUUUCCCUUUAAACAGCAUUGUAGCUUUCAUUUAUUGAUCCUUGGAUUCAUUUGGCUCAGCGGAUUUGCAUCUAAAUAGACUUAAAUGUAAGUCUUUUGCUUGUCAACGUGUCAGUGUCAUGUGUGCAGGUGACAGCUGGGAAAAGUAAACAGGUGCGACAGGACGUGGAGCAAAUGCUUCCUGCUACGUCUCUGUCAGGUACACUUGGAUGUCUGGUUACUUGAAAUGACAACAUUCCUACAAACUGUCUUUGGCUGCGGGUGCUCUGUUUUCGUGAGACACAGAUGGAGUGUAAGCGGCCAAAACUGAGCAGCAAACUAGGAUUUAGUCUCGAUUAGGUGGUACGUCGUAGGACAAGAAAAGAAAAAAAAGACUAAACAUGAUGUUACAGUUUGCAGUUAAAGGGAAGGUAUAAUUUUAUGCUGCUUCAUUGUGUUUAUUAGAGUAAGCUGUUUGAUUAAGGCAGUUGUAAUGACUAAAUAUUUGCCCAGUUACUGACUGUGAGCUGGAGUGUAGUUGUACGCAUAUUGCCCUGAUCGUGCCCACAUACCACAAUGGCGCCUGUACUGUUCUUAUUAACGCUGUUCGGAGCACUAUGCAGCCUCGCACAGCCUAUGACAAGGGAGGAGAAGCACAGAUUGAGGAACCAAGUGGUUGAGAUGUUUGAUCAUGCAUAUCAGAAUUAUAUGGACCAUGCAUACCCAGCGGAUGAGCUGAUGCCUCUAACUUGCAGAGGACGAGUACGAGGGCUUGAGCCCAGUCGAGGAGACAUAGAUGAUGCACUUGGCAAGUUUUCUCUCACCCUCAUAGACACCCUGGAUACUUUGGUGCUUUUAAAUAAGACGACCGAGUUUGAGGCUGCAGUGAGGAGAGUCCUGUCAGAUGUGAGGCUGGACAAUGACAUCGUAGUGUCGGUCUUCGAAACCAACAUCCGAGUCCUUGGAGGUCUGCUGGGAGGUCACUCCAUGGCCAUGAUGCUGAAGGAGGGAGGUCAACACAUGCAGUGGUACCAGGACGAGCUCCUGCACAUGGCCAAAGACCUGGGAGUCCGACUGCUGCCAGCCUUCAACACCAGCAGUGGCCUGCCUUAUCCCAGGGUGAACUUGAAAUAUGGUGUCAGGGGUCCUGAGACGAGGACGGGCACGGAGACGGACACCUGCACAGCCUGUGCUGGAACCAUCAUCCUGGAGUUUGCAGCCUUAAGUCGCUUCACUGGGGACCCUGUGUUUGAGGCCCAUGCCCGGAGAGCUCUGGACUUUCUGUGGGAGAAGAGACAGAGGAACAGCAAUCUGGUGGGGACUACGAUCAACAUCCACUCUGGAGAGUGGGUCAGAAGAGACAGUGGAGUAGGAGCAGGAAUUGACUCGUACUAUGAAUACCUGCUAAAGGCCUACAUCCUCUUGGGAGACGACCUCUUUCUGCAGCGGUUCAAUAUUCACUAUGCAUCCAUAAUGAAGUACAUUAGCCAGCCCCCUCUGUUGUUGGAUGUCCACAUCCACAAACCUCUGCUUCCCGCUCGAACCUGGAUGGACUCUCUGCUGGCCUUUUUCCCUGGACUGCAGGUGUUGAAGGGAGACAUCCGUCCUGCCAUCGAGACUCAUGAGAUGCUGUAUCAAGUGACCAAAAAACACAACUUCCUCCCCGAGGCCUUCACUACUGAUUUCAGGGUACACUGGGCCCAACAUCCCCUGAGGCCUGAGUUUGCAGAGAGCACAUACUUCCUUUACAAGGCCACAGGGGACCCUUACUACCUGGAGGCAGGUCGAACCAUCCUGGACAACCUCAAUCGCUUUGCUCGUGUUCCGUGCGGCUUCGCUGCGAUGAAGGACGUACGCACAGGAAGCCACGAGGACCGAAUGGACUCAUUCUUCCUUGCUGAGAUGUUUAAAUACCUGUUCCUGCUGUUUGCUGAGGCGGACGACCUACCGUUUGACGUGGAGGACUACGUCUUCACAACCGAGGCUCACCUGCUGCCUCUGUCCCUGUCCACUGCCCCUCACUCCUCAUCCAUUCCCUCAAACAGAACGGUACUUCUGUCAGAAGAGGAGCUGGAUGACUCUAACUUUGAUUGGACGUGUCCUAACACUCGCCUGCUGUUUCCUGAUCCCGCCUUCCCUCGGAACCUGAGAGAACCAAUCCGAAGUGCUGUAGACAAGAGCUGCCCACGUCCUGCUCCUUACAGGGAACCUGGUAUGGGCCGUCCUCCCCUGAGGGCUCAGGACUUCAUGGCAAACAACCCUGAACAUCUGGAGCUGCUCAGGAGGAUGGGAGUCAGUCUCAUCCACCUGAAAGACGGCAGGGUGCAGCUGGUUCAGCAUGCUACUCAGGCGGUGAGUGCGGUAGCAGCAGAGGAUGGCGUGCGAUUCAUGCAGGAGAUGAUGGAGCUGUCGAGCCAGCAGCAGAAAGAGCAGCUGCCUCCCAGAGCCAUUCAGAUCGUCUCGCAUCCAUUCUUUGGCAGGGUGGUGCUCACCGCCGGCCCGGCACAGUUUGGCACAGAUCUAUCCAAAAGUUCCACAGGGGUACGAGGCUUUGUCACCGUGGCCGAACCCUACAGCGGCUGUACCGAGAUCACCAACGCGGAGUACAUCCAGGGUCACAUCGCUCUGCUCCAGAGGGGUCAGUGUAUGUUCGCAGAGAAAGCUCGACACAUCCAGAAAGCUGGCGCCAUUGGAGGCAUAGUUAUUGAUGAUAACGAGGGCAGCAGCAGCGACACGGCUCCCCUGUUUCAGAUGGCCGGCGACGGACGCAACACGGAUGACGUCACCUUGCCUCUCCUCUUUUUAUUCCACAAGGAGGGAAACAUCCUACUGGAGGCGCUGAAGGAGUACAGAGAGGUGGAGGUGCUGCUGAGCGACAAAGCCAGAGACAGAGCAGCCAUAUUCAAAGGUAAACCUCUUCCUGGAAGCCUGAUUGAGGGCAGUGUGGAUGUGCAAGAAGCAGAGGAGAACUGCUUAACUGAGGCAACAACACCCACCUCGUUUGAACCAGUCGGCCAAUCACAGAUGAGCACGGUGGCCUCAGAUAAAUCUGCUCCUGAGGAAGUGAGUCCUUCAGAGGAAGAAGUCAGUCCUGUAGAUGAAGACACUAGUCCUGCAGAGGAAGGUAGCCCACUAAAAGAAGACGUUAGUCCUGCUGAGUCUGAGGCACUUAAAGAGGACAGAGACUCAGAGAAGAGAGAGGAGCCUGAGGCCGACAUAGACUCAAGCAGCCAGUCGGUGGAUGAACUGCUGGCUGAUUGGCGGGAAGACUUGGAGGCGUUCCAGCAGAUGGAGAAGGAUGAGCUCUGACAGUAGUCAGGCACCUCGUGCCCUGUGACUGGUUCGAUCCUGAACCUGGAGGGAGGGAAUCUUCACAUGUCGCCAGCCUCAAUCUGAUGGACUCAAAGGAAGCUGGGAAGAUGUCUCUCAUGACGGUUUCUCCUCUUGCCCUCUGUGAAUGGUAUCAUGUGCCAAGGCAGCCCACAUACUGUAUCUCUGGACCACAAGGGAGUCCUUUUUAGGUAGAUGAUGGGUGAGAGACCAGGGUUCUUACCUCAUGUUCUCAUACAUUUUUCUGUUUAUGUGUCAUAACAAACCCUAAUGAAUGGCAUGGCCCAGACUGUCUGUAACUGCACCUCACUUUUUAGUCCAAAUUACUUCUCACACUGUUCGCUCUAUGCAUUUCUGACUACUUUUGCUCAAUUGAAUGCUGGUCCAACAACUACUUUCUCACCAAUUAAUCCAUCGACCAAUUCAGCUUUGUUUAAAUGUGAUGAUUAUUUGUGAUGAUACUGUUUUUGCUGGUCUUGGGCCUAAUCAUGUGUACACAUUGAUGAGAAUUAAGGACUUCAUUAAUGGGGGGAACUAAUGAUGAAUAAAGCUGCAGGCUGUUCUUAUGGCUUUACUGCAGACAAACUCCACACCAAACUGAAUCUCUCUGCAGGAUAUAUGAAGUUGUGUGUCGAUGUAAAUAUGUAUUUGUCGAGAUAUAUUGACUCAGAUAAUAUAGCGCUGUUCGCUCAGGUUCUGGUUGCCCCCACAAACAACAGCCUCUGGACCACACUGGGUGGAGCAGACACACCCUCAGCAGUGAUGGGGUGGAUCACACCCACAGGCUGCCACAAGAGGGCGCUAUAUAUGAUCUGUCAUGGAGCUGCUGACUGACUGAAAGGAGCAGAAAUAAGCCAAUAAAUUGAAAGAAUGAAAUUAAAUAAAAAAUUUAGAGGGAAAACUGGGAA